AUGUCUAUCGACCGCUCACCCCAAGCCCCAAAUGCGACUUCACCAGUGGCACCUAUGUCGCCGUCCGCGCAACGAGCGGCGUCGCCAUCCGACGACGAUGGUCGCUCAAGCAAUGCCAACUUGAUCUUGGCGCAGGAGUUGCUCGACACGGCCCCCGAACCGAAACCGCUCCCCGCUGCUGCGCUCUUCAAGGCCUACGACCAAGUUCUCCCUACCUAUGGCAUUGACCCCGAUACAGAUCAUCACCUGUCGACCUUUGUGUUCCGAGUGGGCGGCGAGAGAGGCGGCGGCACUUUGCUCGACAAGUUUCAGUCUAUCCUGGGCCGUAUGGGGAUUGUUCUCGAGUUUGGCGACAACACCACCGCGUCAACUCGAACAUCGCCAUCUGCGUCUCCCGCAUAUUCAUCAACAAGUCGCCAAAGCCACGGUCUUGUACGAGAGAAGAAUGGGAACCUUACAUCUGAAGGAGUAGCCAUAUCCCGGCCGUCGGUCGUGCCCUUGGUGCAAUCAUUUGCUUCGCCAGAAUCACAACCUCCACGGCAAAAUCAUGUGGACUUUUCCGACACAGAUGAGGAGGAUGGUGAAGAUGAGGAGAUGCGAAGGGCUGUUCUCUCUUCAGCCAUGAAUCGCUGGCGUUCUCUGGUCGCGAAUCGUCGAACACAACAGGCGCAACGAAUCCCCUCUUUUCCGAGCAUCCCCGAGGAAGCUUCUGCCGAUGUGAGGAACUUUGAGGACCGCCCCUUUCAAGAUCGACCAGCCAUCACGGUUUCGGAGGCUUCGACCAUUCCACCUUCUACGCAACAGAAUCAGAAUGAUGCGGUUGCUACGCAUCAGGAGGACGACGCCCCCUCUUCCCCCAAAGAGCAACCCACUACGCAGCCACAGGAAGUUGAAGAGCCUUCCAGGCAUUCCACGGCUCCCUCUGUACCGGAAGUUCCUAUUCCACCAGUACCCGAAGUACGCAUUGCGCCAACAGUUACCCAGCUGGAUGUAACGCAGCGCGAUGAGAAGACUAGGAGCCGACCUUCAACACCCCCGGAGCCCACAGACAAUACGACAUUAAAGCAGAAAUCUGUGCAGGAAUCUGAAAUAGGGCCUUCGACACCCGUUCAACAACCCGAUCCAGAAAAGGAGUAUCAACGACUUCUAAGACGUGCCAGCCGGGCUCGUGAGAUAUACCUCGCGAGCAAGGUCUUCAACCAUUGGGCUGAUCGCACUGCCCGUCGGCUCGAACGGGAUGCUGUUGCUAGACGGCAUAUGAUCAGAUUUCGUUACUUCCGAUCCUGGUGCCAGGCUCCUGUCGUCCGGGAGCCUACAGUUGAUGACAUGAGGGCGGCUGUUGUGGUAAGGAAGUGGCAGCGCAUCGUAGCACAAGAGAAAACCCUUGAGUCCAUGGCGAAGGCAGCGGCCCGGGCAUAUCAAUUGAAGAAGAUUCACCAAGUCCUGGAUCGUUGGUCUUGUCUUCACUUGGAGCAUGUUGGCCGUCAAAUCACAGCCUCGCACAGCAGAACAAAAGCCCUCUCAAGGUGGAUAUUGCAAGCUUCUAAUGGUGUGGCCCUGGAUGAAGCCAUCAAGUCCCAAGUAGGACUGCAACAGCAACUGACCGCCAUCCACAAGUGGCAAGGUUAUGCUGAAAGGGAAACCAUACUUGCCGACAGCGCCAUGCGCAUGGGCAAUGUCCACCAAUCCUUUACGCAUCUGCAGGAGUGGUGGGAUCAAGCCGAGAUUGGUCGACGAGCGACCACAUAUCGUCAACAUCUGUUGAUGAAGAGAGUAGAUUUUGCUUUUGAUCAGUGGAACCUACAGGCAAGGGCCCAGGCCUUCACAUGGAGGCGCGAAUAUCUCCAAGUUACUCGAGUAUUUGACCGAUGGUGUCAAAGAGCUGAGCAGGAUGGCGACUUGUCGCGGAGAGCGGAGAGCUACUAUGAAACUCAGGCCAAAUCAAGAGUUCUUGGAUGUUUCCGCCGCUUCGACCAGGAAUCAUCACACAUGACGCGCUUGGAGGACCGCGCACGUCUUUACCUUCGAGCAACCUCUUUGUUGAGAGUGUUUGACAAGACGGUGAAGCGCCGCCAGGAUCAGGACAAGCAAUAUGUGAAACGGUACCUGAAGGCAAGAUAUACCCAGGUGUCAUCGGCAAAGAAGAAACGCAACUUCUUUUCUGCCCUUGACCGAUGGAGAGCAUUGGCUGCCGAGGAUCGAGAGCAAAGAGAAAAGGCUCUGGAACUUUACAACCAAAAACAAAACCGCCGACUGAUGCUGAUCGCCGAAGAAUGGGCAAAACAAGCGGCUAUUGAUCAACAGCGUUUGCAAGACGCCCGACUGGAGCAUGCCCAAGGAUGGCUAGACGCAUGGAAGGAACAUGCUGAGGAUCUUGAGCAACGUGACGUGGAAGCCUGGCAGCUUUGGGCGGCAGACAAGCAAAGGCAAUCUCUGAAGGCGUGGUCAAUCGCGUCACUACAACAGAGCGGACAGGCUCAUACGGCACUGGAAGUCCGUAAGAAGCACGAACGAGAGAGACGCAAUCGCAUCCUGCAACACUGGAGACAACGUGAUGACAGGUUAGAGGAUAUGCCGCCAGGAUUCAACUCCCAGCCCAACUCGGUCGUUCGCUCAUUGAACUGGUCGCGAGGAAGCUGGAGGGGGUUCUCAGGAAGGAGGUCAACACUUGCCCGGAAUGAUCGAGCAUACGAUUACUCCAAUACGCCGCUCGAGACACCGACACGAUGGACGGGGCAUCCCCUUUCCAUGUCGACUAUGUUGCCCCCAGGGUCAAUGGCACCACUUAGGGAAGCGGACGAGAAUGAUGCUGUAUCCUCGUUUGCUGGUGACGACGACGAUCUCGAUCCCGCGUCACCUUCUUUGCGGCCCGCCUCACGGGGGCAAUUCUCAACUAUGCCAUCAACAACGCCGAUGGCACCAGUGCCAUCACAUCUGGUGGAACGUGGUCUUCGGGGUGAAUUCGAAGAGCCGGAACAAAACGGUAUCAACAGGAGUACAAAGACCAGUUCUCGAAUACCCAAGUUCGAAUCACCUCGGCCUCGACCGGAGGACCCACGGCUAGCUGGCGUGUCCGAAUCCGCCAACACUGACCGAGUUGGACCUUCGCAACGAUCGGUGGCUGCAACGAGAACAUUCGGGUUCAGACAGCCGAACAGACGGACUAUCGGGCCUCAGCCUGCCUCACCCGAAGCCACCACGCAGGCAAUUGCAAGCAAAUCUGUCCCCGUCCGUAUUCCCGUUUAUUGCAUUGACUCUGAUGAUCUCAAGCUGCGCCAAAGCUACCUAGGCAUUAACAACUCUCCUUCGCGCCCAAGACCGCACAGCCAGAGUGCUCCCCUCUUCUCCCGGAGAUGCACGCGCCUCGUGCUUUUUAAUAGCAUGAAGGCCGUCCUGCCGGGUAACCCGCGCUCGAGGCUCCAAGGGUUGGCCUCGGGAUAUUGGGAUUCCCGACACAUCAACACAGUUUACGAUGAUGGCGAACAGCCUCUCGAGGCCAUCGCCUUUGACGAAGCUACAGGCAAGAUCGCUACAUGCACAUCGACCGAAGUCCGAGUCUACAAGCCGUUUGGGUCGCGCGAGGAUGCCCUGAAGUGGGCCCUGGAGUCGACCUUUGACAUUCCGAAUCCGAACGCCGACGACGCCCCGUGUACUCUGUCCUGGGGCAGCUCCGAGGAGCUUCUGGUGGCCACAUCCUCCCUCUCCCUAUACGCCACGAAAAGCGAACCGAAACGUCUAUGGCAGAAGAAGCUACCGAGCCCCGUCAAGUGGGCGUUACUAUCAUACGACUCUGCCUACAUUGCCUCGACCGGUUACCACGAUCACUUGGUCAAGAUCUGCCGCAGACUCAAUUACGGCGCAGACGAAGUACGCUUCGACCUUACGUACCUGCGACACCCAAACAUUGUCACCUCUGUGAGGUGGCGCAAGCCGUUCCACCUGGAGCAGGCUGUUGACAAUGUUCUCUAUACUAUCUGCCUCGACAAAUGCGUUCGGAUAUGGACACCGACCGAGACUCCGGAUGGGAAACAUUGGCACCUUUGGGGUCAGGUUGACGUUUGUGCGCCGUCGCGAGAGGACCCGUACCCCCUGGAUAUGCGCUUUGCCAUGAUUCUCGAUGGGCGGGAUUUCACAGCAUCGGUUGAGCAAGCUGUGCAGGCUCGCAUGUCCGACGACUCAACCACCGAUGACCCUGUCGCGCUUGAUCACCUGGUCGCGAUCGCUAACAAGAACCCCGAGAUUUGUAUAGCUCUUGAUGGAAGAGGGACCAUGUCAGCGUGGGCGCUUGAAAAUGUUGGCAGUAACACUGCAAACGCCCCGACUCUAUUCAAGGUUGCUCAGGUCAAGGACACCGAUUUUGAGCUCUUUGGCAGGUUUCUGCCGUCUCACGACGCGCCCCAUACCGAGAUCCAGACAUACUGCGACAAGAAGACUGGCAAGGUGCACUUCCUGCUACAUGCAUUUGAUGGAAGGAUCGGCGUCUUUACAGGAAAUGUUGCAGACCUGCUGGAUCCAACUACCAAUGACCGGCGUCUCUCGCUACACUCGAUCUGGGCCGGCCACUCAACCUCCAUCACCAAGAUUGUCCGAAACUUCAGCGGAAGGGCUGUCGUCUCACGGACACGAGAGAGUGAAAGCAUAGUAUGGAAGCAUCUUCUCAACCGGGACGAGAACCCAGGCUUGAGCUUGACCCGAGGUAGCGUGAUCCCGGAAAAGGGCCACAUUCACCGGAUAUGUGUUCUAAGAAAGGGGCGCUUCGUCGUAUUCCUCCGCCAUCAAACGGUUGCACUCUGGGAUUGCAGGGCUAGCCGAGCCGUUUCGCUUGCGCACUGUCCUUAUGAGGUAUCCGGAAAGCCGCUCUGUCUCAUUAUUCUUCCUCGGUCAGAUGUGAAGGAGUACACUGUUGCGCACAUUGCGACAGUGACAUCUGAAGGGAAGGGUAUUGUAUGGGAAGUCCAUCUCCCCUCAUAUUUUGAAGACCCCAAAACCAAGGCCGGCGCUAGUAUCGAAGAGUUCUGCCGCUUCGAGCUGGGGGAUGUCGAGGAUUUGUCAUACGUCCUCCCAGUCGAUCCCGCAGGUUCAUCGCCCAUUGUGUCGGGCUUUCUCGAUAUCUUCGCUCGAGAUGUGGCUAUCUCAUAUACUCGCACCGGCCGUGUUGACUUCUGGACAGCACGUGUCGACCCUGAAAAGCGCAGUGUCGGAUGGCUAUCCACUUGCACCACUCAGACUGGGGUGUCUGAGCCUGCCCUGGUUAGUGGAAGUACCUUGAAGAAGGCAUCUCUUGUGAACAAGACGAGGUCGCAACUUACAAUUUGGGACAUUGGUGGUUCUCGCCUGGAAUAUGAGAACAAUUUCGAAGAGCAUCAGGUAAUUCAAGAUCUGGACUGGACAUCAACACCUGACGCCCAGUCCAUCUUGGCCGUUGGGUUCCCCUAUCGAGUCGUUCUCAUGUCCCAGAUGCGAUUCGACUACCUUAACAAAGGUCCAGCUUGGGCGCAGAUCCGAGAGAUUAGCAUCCGCGAACUCACUCCACACCCGAUUGGCGACUCAACCUGGCUGGGCGACGGCUUCUUGGUCAUUGGUGCUGGAAACCAGAUGUUUGUACAGGAUAGGCGUGUUGGUGUCUCUGAGUCUCUCAGGUCUGACCUUCGUUUGCCACCACGCAAGGAUGGCACAUUGGAUCUGUUCCAAGUGGUUCAACGAUUCAAUGGUCCUCUGCCAGUAUUCCACCCCCAGUUCCUCAGUCAAUGCAUCCUGUCUGGCAAGACCACACUUGUACGGCGCAUCUUGGUGGCCAUGCACAAGAUUCUGAAGUAUUACCUUCACGGAGAGACACUGGAUGACUACUUGGGCAUGGAUUUGAGCGAGUUCUACACACCCGAGCAAACUCAUACCCAGGCUGUCGAUAAGUCUGCAGGCGCGUAUCUAAAUGGAAAUGGCGGUGACGAAGACGAAGACGACGAUAUCUUCACUGAGCAGACAGCAGUGGCAAUCAACGAGAAGCUGGUUAAGAUUGGUGUUCCACAGCUCUCUGGCCACGAACAAAUCCAGCUUGCCGACAUCAUCGAGUGUGUCGCCCUUGUCGAGAGGCAUCGUCGUUCGAUGGACGAGAAUGGCGCCCGCUUCAUGCUCUUCUUCCGUCAACAUGCACUGCGAAAAGGACGGACCAACGAGAUGCACCUCUCCUGGCGAGAGAUCAACUGGGCUUUCCACUCAAACAGUCAGGAUAUUCUAGCCGACUUUGUUUCGAGACAGAGUCAUGGCAGCAUGCUUUGGGAGCAUGCUCGUGAGAGCGGUCUCUUCAUGUGGCUGUGUGAUUCAACCGCCUUGAAAGCUCAGUUCGAGUUGAUUGCUCGAAAUGAAUACACAAAGAACGAAGUGAAGAACCCAAUCGACUGUAGCCUGUACUAUCUCGCCCUCCGCAAGAAGACGGUGCUUCAGGGUCUGUGGCGAAUGGCAAGCUGGAACAAGGAACAGGCAGCGACUCAGAAAUUGUUGUCGAACAACUUUGAAGACCCCAAGUGGAAGACGACAGCUCUGAAGAACGCGUAUGCGUUGCUCAGUAGACGGCGCUUCGAAUAUGCUGCGGCAUUCUUCCUGCUAGCUGACCACCUUCAUGAUGCUGUAGAAGUGUGCUUGAAUCAGCUCAAAGAUAUGCAACUGGCCAUUGCGAUAGCGCGUGUGUAUGAGGGAGAUGACGGCCCAGUCUUGCGGCGACUGCUUCAAGACGUUGUGCUUCCCUUGGCAGCCCAGGAGGGUAACCGCUGGCUGGCAUCUUGGGCAUUCUGGAUGCUUGGCCGUAAGGACAUGGCUGUGCGAGCGCUCAUCACCCCUGUCUACACCCUUCUGGAAACACCUUGUUCGCCCGACAUCAAAUCGAGGUUAUUCCUUACCGAUGACCCUGCGCUAGUGGUUCUCUACUCGCACUUACGACACCAGACAUUGCAGACAUUGAGGGGAGCCUCCAAGGUCACCCCCAAAGUCGAGUGGGAAUUUGUACUGCAUAGCGCCAAGCUGUAUGAUCGAAUGGGAUGCGAUCUCCUUGGAUUGGAUCUGGUACGAAACUGGGAGUUCCAGCAAUCGCCUCCUGCUGCUGGCCUCGGUGGAGAGGUCAACCCGCUCAAGUUGCUACGCCGGAGGAGUUCACUUGUUGUCGCCGACUUGCCGUCGCCUACUCUUCACUUUGAGGGAAAGAAGGCUGUUAAGCCGCCACCGACAACGUUCGAGGAGCCGGAUGCAAGCUCUCUGUUGGAUAGUUUUGGGUUCUGA